UGCUGGAUAUUCAUGAGAAUGGCACAGAGGCUGCAGCAGUCACUGGCACAGAGUUUGCUCCUCAUUCUGUUCCUCCUGUUAUAAAGUUCAACCGUCCAUUUUUGCUGUUGAUUGUUGAUCAAUACACUGAAAUUGUCCCUGGGUCUCACCAGCCAGCGGCCACAAGUAGAAUAAGAAAACUACACACGUCAGCAGCAGUAUCAACUUAGGGGAGACCAUUUUAGUUCCUAAUGAGAGAUUGUUCCCAGCAAUGCAGACUUUGCCUUCAGAUUGUACAGAAUUCUUCAGAAGGAAAAUGAAAUCUGCACUGUAUUUGUGUUUGUUUCUUACUGGACUUCAAGUUCAGGCUCUUCCUAAACCCAACCACAGCAAUAAACAUAAGGAAGAGAGACCUCAUUCCCUAGGAGACCAUCCCCAUGUGGAACACAAAAACUUGGCUCACAUGAAGAUAGCCCCCAGCAACGCUGAAUUUGCAUUUAGGUUUUACAAGCAGGUCACAGAAGCGGGAGGCAACAAGAACAUUUUCUUCUCUCCCUUGAGCCUUUCUACUGCCUUUGCAAUGCUCUCCCUGGGGGCCAGAUCAAACACACUCAGCCAGCUGCACAAAUGCCUCACCUUCAACCUGACAGAGAUGGAAGAGCAGGAGAUCCAUGAGGGCUUCCAACGUCUCCUCCAGCUGCUGAAUGACUCUCAGCGAGAUAUUCAAUUGAAUAUGGGCAAUACUCUGUUCAUAGAUGAGAGACUGAAACUGCAACAAAAAUUUUUGGAUGAUGUAACAAAUUUUUAUUAUUCGGAAGCUGUUUCUAUGGAUUUCCAGAAUUCUGAACAUGCUAAGGAGGAAAUCAAUAACUACAUAAAAGCAAAGACCCAUGGUAAAUUUUUAGACUUACUGGACAGUAUUGGUAAAGAUGUUGUAAUGAUUCUGACUAACUACGUUUACUUUAAAGGCUACUGGGAAGAACCUUUUGAAAGUUACAACACCAGAGACGAUGACUUCUUUGUCGAUGCCGAGCAUUCUGUUAAGGUUAAAAUGAUGUAUAAAAAUACAUACUAUAAUAUCCAUAGGGAUGAGCAGCUGUCUUGCUGGGUAGUAGAAAUACCAUACAGAGGAAAUGCUGCUGCCUUUUUUGUUCUGCCUGAUGAAGGGAGUAUGAACCAGGUGGAAGAUGCUCUGCUACAAGAUACAGUGUCUAAUUGGAGCCAAUCACUUGAAGGAAGGAGUAUCGACCUGUAUCUUCCAAAAUUCUCCAUCUCUGGCUCCUAUGAUGUCAAGAAAUUGUUUUUGAAAAUGGGUGUGACAGACAUGUUCAGUAACAAUGCUGAUUUCUCUGGAGUGGCAAAAAACACCCUCCUGAAAGUUUCCAGGGCAAUUCACAAGGCCAAGUUGAAUGUUAAUGAGAAUGGCACAGAGGCUGCUGCAGUGACCAUGGUAGAAAUGAAAGUUUUCUCUGCAAUGAUUGAUCCUCUUGAAAUCAAAUUCAAUAGACCCUUUGUGAUGAUGAUUUUUGACAAAAUCACCAACAGUAUCCUCUUCAUGGGGAAAGUUGUGAACCCAGUUGCCAAAGAAGACUAGGCCAGAGCACUUGUACUCCACAACAGAGAAGAUCUUGUAUAUAUCUCAAAGAGUUCUUUGUUAAAAAAACUCCAGAAUUGAUCUCUAAUUAAAAAUUAAAAAGAAAAAAAAAGUAGAUUUUAUAUUAUAUUAUUCUUAUCUUUCAACAGACAGCUGGGAAAAGAGGAAUUAGGCCAUGUUUAUGAAAUGUUCCAGGAUAAACAUACAGCAGUGGGACCUUUACAGACUUUUCCCUACCUCAUUCAAUCAAGGCUGGUGUUAUGGCCCCUUGCAUGAAGAUAAAUCAUCCUCCCAGCUGAAAAUUUCCCUGUCUCCCACAUCUUGUAUGUCCAGCCCUCAGCUCAGAAACUUCAGCAAUCUACCAGCAUCAGCUGAGAAACCAUCCUUCCCCUCUCUGAUUCACUGUGAAUUCCAGGAUAAAUCUUCUUUUUCUCUGAAACCUUUUAUGUAAUAGGUGACUAAGCAGGGAAACAGAGACAAAAACCCUUGAAAUCUUUCCUUGCCUAGAUGACAGAUGUUCCUAGGUUCAGCAUAACCCUUUUCCCUCUAGCCCAACCACUGCCUUCUACCAGCACAGAUCCCUUGCUCCCAUCUCCAUUCCUCACUAGUUGCUCUAGAGUAAGAGUAAGAGUACCAUAUUUUCUGUCUGGCUAAGAAUUCAUCUUCUCUGCCAGUGGAAGGUGAAUGUCAAUGCACAAAUGAUCACCCUUAAAGUUCUUCUGCACAUGCAGUAAUGCCUGGGCUCCAUGAGAGAACUGCAUUUACUGGGCCUGCAUGGCAAAGCUGUCCUCUCCAAGUACAUUGUUUUUUGUCCUUCCACAUUGUCUGUGCAGGAAAAAAAUAGAAAAGAGAAGAAAAAGGCAAAACCAAACAUGUACUGCUAAAUUAACUUGUAAAGCCUGCUUUCUGAGGUCAUCUUCACUAGGGGAAAUAUAGCUGAUGAGUGGCAGACCACGUGAAUUUCUUGCCACAACAGGAUGCCACAUCUGACUUCCAGUUUUUCUGGAGCUGUCUUUACUCUCACAUGGCUUGCUCAAGUCAGUAACUCAAAAACAACUGUAGGAAUUUUAACAAGAUUUUGUUGUCCAACAAUUCCAAUGUAAUGACGUGUAAUUUAAAUAGUUGGUAUUUGACUGUAGCUUCUCUUUUCACCUUUGGUCUUCUGUGAUUCAGAUGUUAUUCUCCAUCAUCUAUCUCCUCUGGGAUUACUCCUUUGUUUCCAUCAAAAGUUAUUCACAGCUUCCUCUGGAUUCCACAGAGCCAGUCAUUCCACAGAACUUCAUACUAAAAAAUCACGUUGUUCUUGCCCUUCCAAACUGUUUAUCUCCAUAGGGUGCUAGGCUGAAUGUAGUUAGCCACCCACUAUGGUUGACAGAUAGGAAGAUGAUUAACAACAGUCCUUCCUUCUGUGUGUUCUCUCUAGGUAUCCAUCAGGUUGAUCUCUUUACUGCCGCAUGAGAAGGCAAAGGAUGAUUCUAGAAACACAGUCCUAAGAAUACAUUCACUAACAAUAGUGGUGUUUAACAGGGGCAGAAAACACAUUGAUAGCCCUAGUGAACUGUCAUGAAUUACUGUUUUGAUCUCUUUACUGUGUCUUCUCAGCUUCAAGAAAUGAUAGGCAUGUAAGUGCUUCACAAAUACAGUAAUAAUACCUCCACCAAAAACCAAUACAUCCAGUCUAAGCUCUGCUUACCAGCUGAGGAGCGACAGGAAUCAAAACUUGAUUCAAGAGGGUCUUGGGCUUCUAGCCAUUGCUGGAUGGUAACAGCUUCUAGCAAGGCUGGGUCACAAAUGCUGAAUGUGGCUGGGUCUGAGAAAGUCCUGACGGAUCAUAUGGAUGGGAGAAAACAGGAAUCUGAGGAAUCUGCUUGUUUGUCAUGAGAGGUAAUAGAACCUUUCAGAUGGGCAAGUACAGACCUUAUCCCAGGUUUACUGGCGAAAAAAAGAUGCCAGUCAGCUUAUUCACAUAGAUCUAAAGAUACACUUAACACAAAAUAUUGUCUCUGUAAUCAUCUCAUUGUCUCUGUACUUUAAAGAAAGGAAUACACUGUAACCCGAAAAAUGCUCCAUGGAAAAUCUUAGUCAGCUAUGCCUGUCUAAUUCGUUUUUGCUCACAGGAAAAUCAGAUCAAUUGCUCCAACAGUUCUUGAAGAAGCAAGACUCCACUCCUGAAGCUAAGCCAAGAACUUCAGCUCUGCACAGAGUUGCCAAAUUACCACAUUCUUUAUCCACAGCUUCUAAUACAGCUGCAGAAUCGUUGCUCACCUGCUAUGGGAGUGGUGAGAUAUAGUUUAGUAGUCAAUUUUGCACUGUUUGAGACAUGUUAGAAAAAAGGUAAGAAUGGAGGAAAAUGGGUAACUGUUCAUAUUAUUUCAAUUUCUUCCUUCCCCUUUGAAACUUCUGGAAAAUGAAACCCAGACACAACCUCAUUCUUAUUGCUUAAUUAUAAAUACAAGAGGUCUGAAAUAGGAACUUUUGCAAAAUUCAUGAUUCUCUGCUUAUAAGAAUUGUGAGCUUUUAUGGAAAAUAGUACAAGUCCACUUGCUGCCCUACUGAUUGAAAGCAGAUAAUUAAGAUGGAAAAAAUAUUUCAACUGAGAGAAUACUUCCCAGAAAUAGUUUCAUAACUUCCUUACAGCUGUAAACAAGAACAACCACCUAAAAUUUUCAAAAAACAGUUUGUGGAGUGGACGAAGGAUGUGCUGUACCCUUGCAUUACCACAAGAUAACGUCUCACUUUGUCCUCCACCGGCAGAGCACCUGCAGAUAAUUAGGCACAGGGAUGUGGAUUUUGGUCUUUUAUGACUUCUCUUGUCAUCUGAGGUAAUACCAUACAUGCCACAAACCCUUGCCAUCCACGAGAACUGACAUCUGCAAGGGAUCUUUACAGUGGCUUAUCUCCAUUUUGCAUAUAUUUUAACAAGAAGGGUUUACUGAGUCUUCACUAAGCACCAUGCUCUGAUACUUUUGGUGUCAAGACCCAGUCAUAGAAAAUUAGCAUUACUGAGGUGCUCAGAGACACCACAGUUCUUGUCAGAGUCACAGGGAGAUUGACCUGGCACUGCCUACAGGCAGUUCUAAGUGGGAAUGGAAAUUAUAUGAGCACCGCUUAUGUUUUCUAUUUCCAACAAUAUGACCUGACAUCCAUCAAAAAUAAAGGUUAUGAGAAGCAGUAGGGAAUGGUGCAGGCUGCAAACUAGCAGAUUUUAUCGGUGGCACGCUGCAUCUCAAAGCAUAAACAUCCUCGUCCCUGUUCGCAAAUCUGUGAGCCUUUAGGGAGUAUAUCACAUUUACUCCAAAAUUUUGCUUUUCUACAAGCUGCUUUGAAGUCAGUGGGAUCUACAGAUUUAUACUGACUGUAUGAUUUAUUUUAGCAUUUGAAUAUGGCACUAAGAAAGAACACAGAAAUCCAUGACUUCUGUCUAUUCCAGAAUAUCUUUUUUCCAAACUGCUGCAAUGUCUGUGCUAUUCACUGUAUGCACAGUGUCUUCACAAUCCUCCUUGUUGAACACUCAUUCAAGAAUAAAAUACUCCAAAAUUA